AUUUCAUUCUAGUACUUGACCUUUCGUGAAGUUCCAAACUUGGGCUAACAAUGAAACUAUUACUAGUGCUAAUGGCCUUUGUGGCUCUGUCACAGGCUGCCCAGCUUCGGUAUCAAACGCCGAUUACCAUGCGAGAUGCACGUGAUUUAGCACAGAGAAGCCACGUCCGCAUUGUAAAUGGAUUUCCUGCCGGGGACGGACAAAUUCCUUACCAGGCAUUCCUGAUUGGCGUCUUUCCCAGCGGUGGCGCACUGGCCUGUGGAGGAUCCAUCAUUUCAAGCGAAUGGAUUCUGACUGCUGCCCACUGUAUUGUUGGUGUCGAACGGUUCGAGGUGUCAAUGGGAUCGAUCAAUCGUCACGCACCGGAAGUUCUCGGACAUUCCAAUAACUUCAUCGUUCAUCCUGACUACAACUCGAACAAUCUGAACAACGAUAUCGGCCUUAUUCGUUUAAACGAUCCAGUUGGCUUUUCACAAAACAUCCAACCUGUGAAUCUACCAAGUGCCGACCGUGCAGGUGAAUCGUUCGAGAACUACCAGGCUACUGUUUCCGGGUUUGGGCUUACCAGCGAUGCACCGGGAAGUGGAGUGUCGGACACACUGAACUGGGUCAACAUCCGAAUCAUAUCAAAUGAUCAGUGCCAAGGUGUGUAUGGCCCGGAUGUGAUUGUUGGUUCCACGAUCUGUGGUUUGGGAGCCGACGCUGACAAUCAAAGCACCUGCAGCGGGGAUUCCGGCGGUCCAUUGGUUAUCGACGAAAACGGUCGACUCCAGAUCGGUGUAGUUUCGUUCGUAUCCUCCGCUGGCUGUACGUCCGGACAUCCUUCGGGCUAUGUUCGUACCACACAUUUCCGCGGGUGGAUUAAUCAACAUACCGGAAUUUAAAUCACACAUUUUUUUUCAAAUUAUUGAGUUACUAUAAACGGGAUACAAAGGCUGAAAUCUAA